AUUUUUCCAUCAUUCCUUCCUUACUGUUUACAGGUCAAAGCUUCCAGACAUUAACAACUCCUUUGUCUUAUUGCUUUUUGCUUGAAACCAAGGGAGCAAAGCAAUAGAAAUUAGGAGUGUGGAGAGGAGCAUAACUAAACACUUUUGCAAUUCUGCAAUGGAGGUAUUUGGAAAAUCCGUGGUAGCUGUGCCUACAAAUGUUAUUUAUCUGUCAAGUAUACUAGGUCAAGAUGGGCCAAACCCCUCUGUUCACAAGUGCGAUUGGAAAUGUGAAAAUGAGCAUGUGUGUGGGAACAUGUUUCGCUGCAAACUAACAGGGCUCACACACAUCUGUGACAAAAAUUGUAACCAGAGAAUUCUGUAUGAUAACAAUAGCUCCCUUUGCAGAGUUAGCCGACAAGUUUUUCCUCUAACAGCAGCUGAAGUACAGGCUGUGAAAGGUGUUCGAAGGAAGCUCGAUGAGGAGGCUUCUUCCCCUCCGGAGACCUGUGCUUUUAAGCGCAGAAGGAAUGGACAAUUCCAUCCCUCUCCUUUCGAGAGAUCCUUCUCUGCCAUUUGCAGUCAAGUUGGAGAUGUCAUGGAUAUGAGCUAGAAGUCUUUGUUGUUCUCUUUCUAUAUUUCCCUUUUAAGCAGACAACUCUCGAACUUUAUGCAAGUACCUAAAUGGCAGGAGGCUUAAUGUCAUGCCUAUUUGUAGUUGUAGGAACAACAACUUAUAUAUUCGGAUCUCAUGUAUUUAGUGCUUCUUUAUAACUCAGCUUUAAGCAAGGGCUUGACAUUAUUAUGCUUCUGUGAUGACUGACUACACAUUAGUCUUAAGUGAGCAUUACA